CAAAGAUUUCCCUCUGUUUUGGGGAGGGGUUGGCAUGCUGCUGCUGGAGGGAAGAAUGUGAGUGUGUAAAUAUGCGAGUGCUGCAAUGACGUCAAAAAUGCUCCUUCUGAAACCUGCCUCGAAGACAUGGUUGCUGAAAAGGAAGGGUUAUGAAUAACAGUGCAGUGAUGAAGAUAAGGAUUUAACUCGCUUUAGACUGCUACAGUUCUUUAAUGCCAGGUGUCAUGUGUGAUGGAAUACAUUAUUUUUGCUAGAGGGUUAAACACUUUGUCGCUCAUCUCAGCUGGCUUUUAUGGAUUUCCAGGUCUGCCUGCUGAGAAGUAAAUUAAAUAUGUAGCUGCUUCUCACCUUUCCUCUGUUGCUGCACUAAUGGAAGAGAAUUUUUCUUGCCAGUAAUACACAUGGUGGUCAUCGCUGCUGAGAUUUAUUAUUUGGUAUCAAGAAGGAUGACAAAUCUGCAUUAUUUCCAGAAGGAUUUAUAUUUCUGAAGAAAAGGAUAAUAGGCAUGCUUCAUUUUCUUAAAGCUAUGUCCAGACAAUUGGAGGCAAGCAAACCUACACAAACUUUAUAAGCAUGGCUGAAAAAGAAAGAUGAACUGCAUUAAGAUGUCCUUGAAAUAUGGUGUUGGAUGGGGUUUUUAACUUCACUUGGAAGGAGCCCAGUAACAAACGGGUCAAGCCUCUUUCCAGAGUCACGUCCCUGGCCAGCCUCAUCCCCCCAGUGAGAGCCACUCCGCUGAAGCGCUUCAGCCAGACCCUGCAGCGCUCCAUCAGUUUCCGCAGCGAGAGCCGCCCCGACCUGCUCAGCCCGCGGCCGUGGGCUCGCAAUGUGCCCCCUGCCAACACCAAGAGGAGAGACAGCAAACUCUGGAGCGAGACCUUCGAUGUCUGUGUCAAUCACAUGCUUACAUCCAAGGAAAUCAAGAGGCAAGAGGCUAUCUUUGAACUUUCCCAGGGAGAAGAAGACCUGAUAGAAGAUCUGAAGUUGGCAAAAAAGGCUUAUCAUGACCCAAUGCUUAAGCUUUCCAUAAUGACAGAGCAAGAGUUGAACCAAAUUUUUGGAACACUGGACUCUCUAAUUCCUCUCCAUGAAGAUCUUCUUAGGCGACUUCAAGAAGUCAGGAAGCCUGAUGGAUCAACAGAUCACGUUGGCCACAUCCUCGUGGGUUGGCUGCCAUGCCUGAACUCCUAUGACAGCUACUGCAGCAAUCAAGUAGCAGCCAAAGCUUUAUUGGACCACAAGAAACAAGAUCACAGAGUGCAGGAUUUCCUGCAGCGCUGCUUGGAGUCUCCCUUCAGCCGCAAGCUGGACCUCUGGAAUUUCCUUGACAUCCCCAGGAGCCGUUUGGUUAAAUACCCACUACUGCUCAGAGAAAUUUUAAGACACACACCAAAUGAUCAUCCAGAUCAACAGCAUCUGGAAGAAGCUAUAAAUAUAAUUCAGGGCAUUGUGGCUGACAUCAAUGUAAAGACUGGUGAAUCUGAAUGCCAGUAUUACAAAGAGAGACUUAUUUAUCUCGAAGAAGGCCAAAGGGAUUCAUUGAUCGAUAAUUCACGUGCUGUGUGUUGUCAUGGGGAACUGAAGAACAACAGGGGAGUGAAGCUGCACGUGUUCCUCUUUGAAGAGGUGCUGGUGAUCACUCGGGCGGUGACGCACAACGAGCAGCUGUGCUACCAGCUGUACCGGCAGCCCAUUCCCGUCAGGGAGCUGCUGCUGGAGGACCUGCAGGACGGAGAGGUGCGCCUGGGCGGCUCCUUGCGGGGAGCCUUCAGCCACAACGAGAGAAUCAAAAACUUCUUUAGAGUCAGCUUCAAAAAUGGAUCCCAAAGCCAGAGUCACUCUCUCCAAGCCAACGACUCCUUCAACAAGCAGCAGUGGCUGAACUGCAUCCGGCAGGCCAAGGAGAAGGCGGCGUGUGCGGGCCCGGCCGGGCUGGAGGCGCGGGGCCCCCAGGGCUGCAGGCUGCCCCAGGGAGAGGCCCUGGAGCAGAUGGAGCAGUCGGACUGCGAGUCAGACUGCAGCAUGGACACCAGCGAGCUCGGCGCCGACUGCGAGCGCAUGGAGCAGACGAACUCUUGUGAGAGCCAAAAGCAAAUAGAAACCAACGUUUGACGAAAGCUUACGGCUCGUGGAAGAAAGGCUGUCUCUUACCUGUACAGUAUUUGCAUUCCAUACAUGGAACCAUUUGGAGAAGCACUUUUAGAAUAUUUUUUGUGACAAUGUCAAUGCAGUUCUUGUAUUUGUACCUGUGAGUGUCGUACUGUAACUGCCCAUCUGUAUAAGCUGGAAUCUCUUGCAACUCAUGUCCUGUGAUUAUAUUCCAUAAACACCCAAGGUGGAUGAAAGAGGUACUUGACCAGUUAUUCUCAAUGUCCUGCUGUAAACAGAAUCUCUAAACUACUGUUUAUAUAUGCAUUACAUAAAUACCUUUUCCUAAUUUUUAAGUACUUUAUUUGCCCUUUAAAGGGGAAGCUGAAGAUGUGGAUUUAAUAUAGAAUUUCAGGAUGGGUUUCAAGAUAAUCAGUUUUCUUAAAGGUAUGGAAAGAAAAAGUAGUGUCUUGGAAGAAAAAAGAAAACUAUUUUGCAAUAAGCUAUCCAAACUCCUGUGGUAUUAAAUCAGCAAGAACUAUAAACAGCGGGCCAUGGAACCAGGGACUUUUUAGAGAUUUAUUUUUCAAAAUGAAGCACUGUCCUAAGAUGCAGCAGCCAAACUUACUAAAAUCUGGACAUUUCAAAUGGUCAGCAUAAUAAGAUGGUUUCUUUUUCAAAGAAUGUAAUGCUAAAAAGAAUCAACUGAAAAAACCACAACCAAACCUUUACAGCCAGCACUGAAUUAAAUGAAAUGCUGAGAAUACUGGAUGUUUGUAAAUAAGCUGGUAAUUUGCUUUCAGUGCCAUAUAUAUAUAUAUAUAUAUAUUAUCUCAAACAGAGUAAGAAUGGAAAGGAGCUUUUGCUUGUGAAUAGGCCCUCUUCAGCAUUUUGCACUCCACUGACCUCCACUGUUGGUUUUAAGCACCACUAAUGUUAAAACAUUUAAUUUUCUGUAAAUGUCUGUUUACAAUUACAUGUAGUUGGUUUUUAAAACUAAGUGAUGAUUUUAUACAAACGGUGCUCUACAUAUACACCCUGUGGGAUUAUGUAGAGAGAGUUUAAACAAAAAGGGAAUUUUUUGUCCUUUAGGAUGUAUUACAUCCUUUUUACUUUCCUCAAGUUUUGUUUUAAAAGUUUUUGUUGCAUUUCAUUUCGUACUGUAAUUGGAAAUGUUACUGUGUUUUCUGGUGGCUGGUUUAACCUACUCAUUAUGAUGAGAAGCAGAUGAGUCACUUAAAUGCAGUCUAAAACACAUAGUGAUCAUCCUGUUCUUUUUCAGGAAUCCCUGGGUAGUAUUUUAUUUCUUACUGUAAGAAAUAAUGCCAGUGCUGUAUGGCAAGCUAUGAAAAUGAUAUAUUACAAAUUUUAAAUGAUUCUUGGUAUUACACAAGAUAACCUGUGCAAAGUACUUGUAACAACAAAAGUAGAAAAACUGCUAAGUUAUUGCCAAAAAUAUUUUUCUUGUGUUCUACAAGUUUACAUAAAAUUUACUAGUUAUCUUACAUAUAUAUAUGCUGAUGUGCAUUACAGAAAUCAGUGUGACGAGAUGAUAAACAAUAUAAAACAAGGUAUUUUUAUUUUUUAAAAAAUGGCAUUUUUACCCUAUAGAACAUAUUUCUGUAUUUAUAGUUUUUAAAAAAAAAAUCAAUUUUCUUUUCUGUUUCAGGCUUUGUAAUUUAUUUCAACUGCUUCAUUUUUAGAGCUGAAUGAGUGAAGAUGAAAGGAAAAAUCUGCAAAAGAACAGGCAUAGGGAAGUUGUUAAGCAAAAAUGUUGAAAAAGAGCAAAAAGCAUGUAAAAUGUUCAGGUAGAGAAGAAAAAAGGAAUGCGUGCUUUGACUUUUUUUAUUAAUGGCCUUAAACUUUUCUGGAAGCAUUUCAAAUAAAUUACAUUAAACCAUUUU